CGCACGAAUUUGCGAGCCUUGCCGUCCACCCAGGCGCUUUUGCGUUUCGGAGCGGCGUAGAAAAACAAAUAAAUAAAUUAUCUGUGUUUCGAAAUUUGAAUUUGGAACUCUGACAAUCGUGAUAACUCUAGUGGUUUGAACUGAGGAGUGCAGUGUUCAAUAUCAAGUGCAGUGAUGAGGCCACCGUCGGAUUACGAGGGGACGAGGAUGCCUGCGGAGGCGGAGGAAGGGGACACCAGGGCACCAGCUAUGAUGAUCUGCGCCAGGCUGGCUGGACGGGCCAUCAUACGGGUUGUUAGCAGAUGUGAAGAUGCACAGGAAAAUAGUCAAUUAGAUCUGUCAGAAUGUCAACUAAUGCAAGUCCCUGACGCAGUGUACCACCUCAUGCGACACACAGAGCUGAAGAGCUGCGACCUCAGUGGGAAUGUGAUCACAAAGAUUCCACCCAAGUUCACUGUUAAAUUUAGUUUAAUUACAGACCUAAAUCUGUCAAACAAUCAGAUGGCCAAGUUACCAGAUGAGCUCUGCACACUGACUUGCCUGCAGCGGCUGGACAUUUCGCACAACACAUUUGUGGCCCUCCCUCACAUUGCCUUCCAGUGCCCCAGUCUACACACACUUCUAGCGCACCACAAUCAAAUCAUUGAAGUGGAUGUGGACAGAUUAGCAAGAUCUCGAGCCCUUGAAUAUGUAGAUUUAAGUGACAACCCAAUUCCUCCUCGAACACAUGAGGAAUUGAAACAGAUUACAAGACCUGCUGUAUCUAUUUCGGAAAGAGAAAAAGAAGAUUGGGAAGAGGAUCUCUUAAUAUAGAAGAUAUAUCUUCAUGUACAAGACUUACAUUCAUGAUAUUUUAGAUAUAAAUGUAGGAACUGGUGCAAUAAUAAAGACCCAUACACAAAGGGUUAAUGACUGGUCCUAACUCAACUGUGAUUUAGCCUUGUGCAAAGAGGAUUUAUUAAGCUAAUUAAAAACAUGUGAUUAGGGUCUUGAGAGAUAUACGAGUAGUUGAAUGAUUAUAUUUUUACGAAGGUGGAAAUAAUUAAUUGAAUAAGAAAUUUGGUUUCCUAACUAGUUAUUGAUUUAAACUGAUGAAAUGGUACAGAAAGAUAUGUGUGAUUACUUAUUAUGUACUUUAGUUAUCGAUGUUUUGAUCUACUAUUAAUGUUAAGCUGACAAAUAAUAAACACUUAUAUUAAAAAUAUAUUUUCAGAAAUUUAAUAUUUAGGAAAACGGAAUUGUUUGAAAUGUACUUAUAUAUGCUCAAAUGUGUGGUUAGUACUUAAAUGUUAUAAGUGAAAUUGAAGAUUUACUUCAUUAUUCAAAGUUUUUUUAUAUAUUUUUUUAUACAUUUUGAUCAGUGGUUUGUGUGGUGUGGUUAGAUUUUGAUAAAGCAAGAACAUCGAUCUCCUAUUAAAAAGUGGAUGCACACUCAGCGACCAAAAAACGUCCCCACUCAAUGAGUGCCAAACACUGAGUCUUGGCACUCAAUUCAAGUAGUCGCAUUUGCAAAUUCAACCUUAAACUCAAUCCUUAAGGUUGAAUUUGCUCUGAAUUUAGGAUUUUUUUGAAUAUUGGACUAUAUUUAAAGACCCUUAGGAUUAUUUUUCUAUACCAAUAACUCUAAAACUGUCAAAGCAAAGGCCACUUUUUAAGUGAAAUUUUCGACAUGGUUGUGUGUCCUUUUAUUAUUAAAAGUCAAUGGGCAAGAAUGAAUAAAAUCUCUGCUCAACUUAAAUCUCACCACUGCUUUCCAACAAGCAAUAUAGGCGCAAACCUAUUUAUCAUAAAAAUUGAUUAAAGUUUUUAGAUCAGGGUCAGCUUUGGCUAGUCAACAAAAAAUUUAAGGUGAAAAGAUACUUUAUUAGGCUCCUCCUUCAUCAAGUGGCAAUGAUUAAUUGUUUUUAUGAUAUGAUCACCUAACAUGCCGAAGCCUAACAUGAUUAGAAGAGAAGGAAAAAUAUAUUUAUCCUGCAGAAGAAAUAGAAUUCUACACAUGGUCUCGUUAGUAUUUUAUAUUGCAGGUAUAUAAUAGAUUAUUAACAUCAAAACACAAUAUAUUAAGUGCUGUCCCAAAGACUACUUUUCCACAUUAUGGUAGACAAUGCCUCUAUACCACUGAUUGUAUUUUAUUUUUACAUGAAGCGACGUUAAUAUUCAAAGUGAAUAUUAACUUUAUGAAAUGAAUAAGAUUAACUUUUGUUAGUAUUUUUCAUUUUAUUUUAUUGAAUACUAGUCCAUCAUGAUAAUUAGAUAUAUGAAGCUUAUGAAAUAUGCUAACCUUGUAAAUAAAGUUGUGAUUAUAUAAAUGAGGGCAUAUUAUUUUUUAUAAAUGUAUUUUAAAUACUUAACUGCAAUUUAUGCUGUUGUUGUAUUGUUACAAGUAACUUAGAUGGUGCUGAAUUAUUUUAUUAUUUCAACUUAAUUGAAUUUUAUAAAAAUUAUUUUUUUUAUAAUGCUUAACACGUUCGCUGCGGCACUGAUAUUUCUGUACUUUCUCUCUUACUAAAACUUUGUGGUGCGGUACGAGGUCCACUGACCUCGUAACUCUUGAAGACGCUAUGCGUUCGAGGUCAACUGACCUCGUACCGCAGCGAACGUGUUAAUCAAUCAGUAUCUAAAAAAUGUUAUCAAAUUUUUAUUUAAUAUGUGCACAAUAUUGACACCAGUAGCUUUUCUAUAUACACAGGCCAAUCUUUGGUAUGAAUUCUGUAUAAUAUUUAUGCUUGAAAAUUACUGGAGAAUUUUAUUUACAAAUAUAAAGAGCACAGCUAUGUGUAUUAUGUAAAUUGUAUAUUAGUUGUAACAGUUAAGAUGCCACUCAUACAUUUUUUAAUAAAGGCAUUUAUUGCUUA